ACAUCCACUAUGGUGGGGCUAAAGGCGGGAUAUGCUGUGAUCCCGGCGAGCUUAGCAUCUAUGAGCUUGAACGUCUGACACGAGUUUUCACUCAUAAGAUUCAUGACCUCAUUGGUAUCCUCACAGAUGUUCCAGCACCUGAUAUGGGCACAGGGCCACAGGCUAUGGCAUGAUACUAGAUGAGUACUCAAAAUUCCAUGGAUACUCACCAGCAGUAGUGACCGGAAAACCUAUAGUAAGUACAUAUGGAGGAUCAAAGAUCUUUGGAGGAUCACUGGGCAGAGAUGCAGCUACUACAAAGGGUGUGCUCUUUGCAACAGAGGCCCUGCUUAAUGAGCUUGGGAAAACCAUCUCUGGACAAAGAUUUGUCAUUCAGGGUUUUGGAAAUGUUGGUUCAUGGGCUGCAAAACUCAUCCAUGAAAGUGGUGGGAAGAUUGUUGCUGUGAGUGAUAUCACAGGAGCAAUAAAGAACAACAAAGGGAUAGAUAUCCCAAGCCUACUCAAUCAUGCCAAAGAACACAAGGGUGUCAAAGGAUUCCAUGGUGCUGAGGACUGUGACAUCCUCAUUCCAGCAGCCCUUGGUGGUGUUAUCAACAGGGAAAAUGCAAAUGAUAUCAAAGCCAAAUUCAUCGUUGAAGCUGCUAACCAUCCAACUGAUCCAGAGGCAGAUGAGAUCUUGACAAAGAACGGUGUGGUUAUACUUCCAGACAUACAUGCAAACUCAGGAGGAGUUACUGUCAGUUACUUUGAGUGGGUUCAGAACAUUCAAGGAUUCAUGUGGGAUGAGGAGAAGGUGAACAAAGAGCUAAAGACAUACAUGACCAAGGGAUUCAAGGAUGUGAAGGAAAUGUGCAAAACCCACAACUGUGAUCUCCGAAUGGGAGCUUUCACUCCCGGAGUUAACCGUGUCGCCAGGGCAACAGUACUAAGGGGCUGGGAAGCCUGAGGAAAUAAAGAUAUCAUGUUCUGAAUAAAAGAUAGAGGCUUGAGUAUGGCCCCGAUUCUUGUAUGCUACUUUGAUUGAACCUCAUCUAUGUGAGGAACUUCAAAGAAGUUUUGUUGUUUUUAGUUUUACUUGGCUUAAUGGGCAACUGUAUGAGGUUUUCUCCUUCUGAGAUCGCUGAUUCUUCAGAAAGCUGAAAGGUUUACACUCUACGGUUUCUACACAUACAUAAUGUUUAUCUUAGCCUAUAAGCUUGUCAAAC